CAACAUCUAAUUCCUUCCCCUCAUAUUUUGGCUUAUAAGCAAAGAAAACUCAAAUGUCUCAUCCUAUAUACUUUGUCCCAUCUCUUGCAAUAUUGAAAUUUAACCACCCCAUUUCUCACCUUUGUCUUUGUGUUAGAGAGUACUACACCAUAUGGAACUAGAACUACCCCAAGUUCUUGAUCCCAAUGUUGAUCAUGACCAAACCCCGCCCCCCGCCCGUGUCGACUACCGUUCCAACGUCGACACUUCUAGGCCUUUUCGCUCCGUCAAGGAGGCCGUCGCCAUAUUUGGCGAGCGUUUCUUGGCGGGAGAGAUUUACACCCCUAAGCCCUUUAGUUUUCCUAGGAAAGAGACUCCGUUCUUUGCACCGAGUCCUGUAGUGGAACCAGAACCACAGCAUUGGAGCCACUCGUCCCCUAGUCCGAGGGGUCUAGCGUUGGCCGGGGCGGCAGUGGCGGCUAGGGCGGCAAGCCGAGGCGGAGACGGGGCCGAUGGAGCGAUGAUUAUAAGAGAGGAAGAGAAGAAAAGGGAUGCAUAUUUGAAAAUGGAGAGUGGUGCUUCACAAAGCUUGGCACAAAUCUUGAGUAUUGGAGAUGAGAAGGAAGGUUUGUUUGUGGGGAGGAAAAAGGAGAGGAAGUUAGUGAUGAAAAAGAAGCCAAUUGUUCCUCUUGUAGGGGACUUGUUUUCAAGGAAAAAGAGAACUUCCACUACUCUGCAUAAUCCUCUUUAUGCACCUUCUCACCUGCAGUGGAAUUGAUGAUGGUGUGAAUAAGGUUGAAUCAUAAGAAUGCUUGUUGUUUUUGUUUUGUUCUCUUGAAUAUAUUGUGUUAACUUUUUCUAUCUUUCUUUCUUUAAAUCUUGUUUAUAUUGUGUAAAAUGUGUUACCAAUAUGAUAGUUUUUUGGUGGGUGCUAAAGUAUUGUAC